UUCGGUUCACAAGGUAAAAACAAUGUGGUCAAGAAGAAUUUGCGUUCCUUUGCCGGCUUUGAAUUUGAAAAAGAUUCCACUGAAUAUAAAAAGAAACUGGAAGCUAUUAAAAAAGUGGAUAUUAAAGCAUUGAAAAAUAUUUGUGAUAUACUAUCAUUGGAAAGGAAAGGUUCAAAGGAAGAAAUAGCAAAUCGAGUUUUGAAUUUCCUGAUGGAGCCUGACGAAGCGUUGUGUGUUGAACCGGCUGAAGAAGAUGACGAAGACAUGGAAGAAGAUGAUGGCGGGCUCGAAGAGCAGGAAGAAGAACCAAGUGAAGGAGAAAAACGAAAAACAAAAGCGCCGCCACCACGCGGUCGUUCGGGCUCGGGACGUCCACGCCGUUCUACAGCUGGCAAAAAAAUGUCCGCUUAUGUGGAUUUCUCAAGUUCGGAAGAAAGCGAUCAUAAAGUAGCCCCGGCCAAACGCAGACGAAAUGAGGAAUCUGAAUCGGGCUCAGAUUACAAUCCUUCGGGAAAUUCUGACUCGGAUGGUGGUAGGGGACGGAAAGCAGCAGCAGCUCGGGCCAGCCGCGGUCGUCCAGCCCGCAAAAGUCGAAGAAGAAACACUGAUUCGGAAGAAGAAUCAGUAUCAGAAGCUGAGAGCGAUGUGCCGAAGCGUAAACAACGUGCUUCUACGACUACGAAACGCGGUCGACCGUCUGCUAGCCGUGGGAGAGGAGGACGUGGAAGUGCUGGUGCUUCAUCACGUAAACGCAAAGAUUCUGAAAGCGAGGAUGAGGAAGAAAUAUCUGAGGACGAGGAUGAGGAAGAAAUGUCUGAGUUGGCAAGCGAGCAAAGUGAAGAAGAAGAAAAAUCAAAAAAGAAUAAAAAAUCACAUACACCUGCGAAGAAUAACAAAGCAAAUAAUAAAAACAAAACACCAGCCAAAGGCAAAAACACAGCUGCUGGUCGUCCUAAAAAGUCCAAAAAAGAAUCUUCGAAUGAAGAUGAUGGUAAAGAUGAUAGCGAUGAUGAAGAUGAACCGCUCAAUAAAAAAGGCAAAGCUUCAUUCCCCACGGACGAACAAAUCCGAGCAUAUGUAAAAGAAAUUUUAGAUAAAGCCAAUCUCGAGGAAAUUACCAUGAAAACGGUUUGCAAACAAGUCUAUGCUAAGUAUCCUGAUUUUGAUCUAACAGAGAAAAAGGAUUUCAUUAAAGCCACAGUCAAAGCGUUAAUCGCUGCUUAAACAGGAUAAAGUCCUUCUUUUUUUUUUAAUUAGUAAAAGCAACACAAAAUUAAGGAACCAAUCAACAGCAGUUUUAUCUAAGUUUUAGUUGUAGAAUUAAACAUUUUUGUGUAAUGAUGACCAUUCUCUAUAAUUAUCCCCCCCAUACAUUGACUUUGCCUUCCUCUUCUACACUGUGAAAGUAAUGAAAAAUGAAUUUUGUUUUGUGCUUCUUCUUUGUUCUCAAAUUUAACCAACCUUAGUUUAGUUAAGCGAUGAGCACUAUCGAAUAAUAGUCAACAAAUAGAAAUUUGACGAUUAUACUUACUCGUUGGAAACUAUUCGUUUUGUUCGAAUUACUUUAUUUGCUAGAAUAUAGGUUUCUUUCAAUUAUUCGCGCUAAUACGAAUUUUUAAAUGAUGCAACAAUUAUCUAAUUGGAUUUUGGAAUAAUAAUAAUAUUAUCAAAAAG